AUGUCGUCGGAUGUUUAUCACUGCAUACCCUCCAACUCACACCCAACCCACGGACAUGAUCAUCAACCAUCCUACCGAGGACGUGCUCAAGAAUUCGUAGAACUGCAUGACCAAGUCCAAAAUAGCGUGAACUUGCUUGACUCGCUAGAAACCUUCCUGUCUACUUUUCAGAAGGACUUGUCUGCAGUGUCCGGUCAAAUAUCUAACCUUCAGGACCGCAGUAAAGACAUUGAGAACAGGCUGAAGAGUCGCAGGAAAAUUGAGAAGCCACUGUCAAGCCUGCUCGUGGAUCUAUGUAUUUCUCCGCAACUGGCGACGCUGAUAUUGGACACCAAUGUUGGCGAACCUUGGAUAUCGGCUAUUGGUGACUUCGAGAACAAGCUGGAAGCAUUGAAAGCUAGGGCAAGGGUGAAGGCAGCGAGGGACCUAGCUGAAGUGGCAGAGGGCUUGCGGAUCGUGGCAGCGACUAAGCUACGCGGCUUUUUCCUCGCUCUGCUGCACCCAGUACGGACAAGUAUGACAACGAAUAUGCAGGUCAUCCAAACUUCUGUGUUCCUUAAAUACAGGCCACUAUUUGGCUUCCUCCAGCACUACGCACCAAGUGUGGCGAACGAAGUACAGCGGGCUUAUGUCGGUGCUUCGCGCACUUACUUCGAGACUGGUUUCCGUCGAUAUAUCCGUAGUCUUGGGUGGUUGAAGACAAGAUCAGUUGAGAAAGUUGAAACGAUCGUCGAUGGGGUCGGAGAGUCUCUAUUAGACUCUAAAACGGACGCCGAAGUCGAUGUCGAGAGACUUGCUUAUGCUGAGAUAGAUGGCCCAGGUGUCGUUCUCGCGUACAUGGCCGACGACAAGUUACAUAAAGAACCAAUUGAAGCCAUUGUGCGAUCCCUCUUACUUGUUCUGAUGGACAACGCUACCGCCGAGUACACGUUUGUGACGUCGUUCUUCGUGUCAGAAGAGCGCCCGUCAGUCCACCAGAAAGACUCCAGUAGUUCCGUACGAUCUCCCUCCGCCGUUCUGUCACCUACGAACGCCGAAUUCGACGAGCUACGAUCAAACGCAGGAUCCGACUUGAACGCCCUUUCCAGGCGUCGGUUCAGCAGUAUCAACAACGCUAUGAAUGUACCGCAGAUGUCUGCGAAGGAGGAACAGGCGUCCUUGGCAGCAAUCUGGAAGCAGAUCAUGGACCCUGUGUUAGAAUACUGCCAGACAUUCAUCCGCACCGUUCUCGACCCCGUUCCUCCCGUGAUACCCCUUCUGACGAUGAUCCGUCUGACUGAAGAGGUGAUUGCGGAGGUGCAGAGGCGGGACUGCAGCCCCCUUGAGUCGUUCAUCUUUGGGAUCAGACUGCAGAUGUGGCCUGUAUAUCAGAAAGCGAUGGCGGAACAUAUAGAUGCGCUCAAGAAACUGGCUGAGGGUGUGACGACGGGCUACUUCCGUCGUGGAGUUGCAACGACUGAUGCCGGAGUGCACACUAUCUGUCAACGUUAUGUCGUGCUCUUCAAUUCGUUCAUUGUGCUGACGGAACACGCCGAAGAGACUAUGAUAUUCUCGAAUCUUCUCCGCUUGCGGCAAGAAUUGUCGAAGCUUAUCAUCACCCACACGGACAAGAUUCGUAACACCGUCGAUAAAGCUUCUGCCCAGGGAAAGCUAUAUGACGCGUUACUGCGAGGACUGAGCAGGGGCCCUCGUCCAACAAGCCAUCCUAAAGCACAGGGCGAGAUAGCUUAUUGGCGUGAAAGGGAGGAGGAAGCUCGACGACGCAUUGUUUCUACACAUCGACAAGGAUAA